CUAAGGACGAGGUUACCAGAGACGGCUUAUUUAUUUUAGUUUCACAUAAAAAAAGAGCGACAAAAAUCACCGAAACUCUCCACUCUUUAGACCCAGAAUCCCUUUGGCUAGUAUUAGCCAAUCUUCACUGUCCAAAUUUAAAGGAAUCUAAAGUAGAUAAAGUGUUUAUGGGGAUCAAUAUUUCCUGCCCAUUUGCAGAGUACAGUGAUGUUGAAAGUGGUUUAGAAUCAGUCAUAGUUAAAUCCAUUAGUUUCGGAGAUAAGGAAGUAAAAACUCCAGUUCGAUCCAUUAGUUUCAAAAGUGAAGAUAUGGAACCAACAAUAUUGAAAUCCGUAGGUGCUGGAAAGAUGAUGAAAGAAGGAUCUGUUAGCUUUAAAGAAAGCGAAUUGGAGGCAAUGAUCUCCCUCACAUCUUCCUUUACUGACAAAGAAAAGGAAGAAUCCAUCAAAUUAAUCAAGGAAAAGAGUUCUGAAAUGGAUAACUAUUCUCCAAGAUCAGAUAAUUCUGUGGAGACAGUACGACAAUUACCAGUUCUGGACCCCUGCAAUCCCAAACAUCAAGCUGCAAUAAAAUUACAGAAAGUGUAUAAAAGUUUCAGAACCAGAAGAAAGCUAGCAGAUUGUGCUGUUCUUGUUGAGCAAAGCUGGUGGAAGCUCUUAGACUUUGCUGAACUCAAGCGGAGCUCUAUUUCGUUCUUCGAUAUUGAGAAACAUGAAACUGCCAUUUCUCGGUGGUCCAGAGCAAAAAGCAGAGCAGCUAAGGUUGGAAAAGGUUUAUCAAAGAAUGACAAAGCUCAAAAACUUGCUUUACAACACUGGCUCGAAGCGAUUGAUCCAAGGCAUCGUUAUGGGCACAAUCUACACUUCUAUUAUGAAAAAUGGCUUCAUAGCAAGAGCAGAGAACCCUUCUUUUACUGGCUGGAUAUAGGCGAAGGAAGGGAAGUAAAUCUUGUUGAAAAAUGCCCUCGAUCAAAGCUUCAAACCCAGUGCAUCAAGUAUCUUGGCCCGAUGGAAAGGAAGGCAUAUGAAGUUCAUAUAAAGGAUGGAAAAUUCUAUUUCAAGCAAACGGGAGAGAUCUUGAACACAUUUGAUGACAGUAAUGCUAAGUGGAUUUUUGUCCUUGGUACAUCAAAAACCUUGUAUGUUGGCAAAAAGAAGAAAGGGACAUUUCAGCAUUCUAGUUUCUUGGCUGGUGGAGCCACAUUGGCUGCAGGGAGAUUAGUUGUUGAAAAUGGCGAGCUUAAGGCUGUUUGGCCUCACAGUGGUCACUAUCGGCCUACAGAAGAAAAUUUUAAGGACUUCAUUUCAUUCCUUGAAGAGAACAAUGUUGAUAUCACAAAUGUCCAGAUGAGUCCAGUGGAUGAAGGAGAAAGCUCAGAUGAUAAACAAAGAAGCAGUAUGCAUAUUAGGAACCACUCGUCCGAAGAGGACUUGACUCAGGUGUUUGAUGGAUUGAAGACUGAUGAGACCAAUGUUGAAGAGCUGAGUGAAGGAAAAACCGACUCAGUGGAAAAUACAACAACUGCUUUAUCAGAAUUGCCUAAGCUAGAGAGCUUCAACAAUUUUAGUAGGAAAUUGGCAAGUCUUGAGAUACCAAGAACGAACCAGUUGUUCGAGAAAGUAGAGGAUGACUAUUCUGCUCCUGAGCCAAGUAGCAACAAGUUAUCAGCAGAGCCUCCAGUGGCUCAUUCACAUUCUACAGAAGAAGACACUGCUGCUUCUGAACAAAACAGGAUGGAACCAAUGCAGAAUCAGUCGGACGAAGAGCCAAUUGAAGCUGUUCCUCAAGAAGUGAUUCUCCAAAGAAUUAAUUCACGUAAAGGAAUGAAGUCAUAUCAACUGGGGAAGCAAUUGUCUUUUAAAUGGACAACAGGAGCAGGACCUCGUAUUGGCUGUGUGAGGGACUAUCCCUCUGAGCUUCAAUUCCGAGCUCUGGAGAAGGUAAACUUGUCUCCAAGAAGUGCCGCAUAUUUUAGAUCUAACUUAUGCUUUUCCACUAACAACUGGGGUGGCAUAAGUUCAAACAGGCGCUCACCGAUGGGGCCUGGUGGCAAACUGGAAGCAACAGUGAGUCUAGCAGUGCCUGAGAAAUGAAACUUGUUAACAACAACAACCACCAUUCACCAUUCUACAAGUGAGACUUCCCCAUUGAGGAGAAAAUGAUCGCCAAAUAUAAUUAGUUUCUAGUAUUAUAUGAUCAAAUUCUUUUCUGUGAAUAGAGAAGAUGAUAGGAAUUCUUUUAAUUCUUUUCAAUUACAGUCAUGUACACACUUUUCUUUUUGUUCAUUCACCUUACACCAUUUGUGAAAAAUCUAGAAAAUUUUGGGGCUUUCAUGCCCUUUCAAUACAAAAGAAAAGUCCAUUCUUUCUUA